GCCACAUUGACCGUCUUGCGAGUCUUAAAUAAGGCUUCUAUUGUUUCCAAACCGGUGGCUACCGAGCAGUCUUUAGGGUAUUUGUCCGAGAAGAAACACUCCUAGCGCAGAAUCUACCUACAGUCAAGAUAAAACGCGUACUGUCGCGCUGAGAAGACUGUGCAAGACCAGUAGCAGUUGCUUGCUAUUACUCUUGGGGCUGGCUAGAGGGGCACUUUACUUGCCUACCUGAUUGAAAAUGACAGCAGAUAUGGAUACUCAGAAUGAAUAUGAUGAUAGUGGACUCCCAGGGCCCGGAGCCCCAACGCCACUUUCAGCUUUAGAAGGUGUUGCGGGCUUAACGGGAAGAGAUAUCAAAUUGUUUGUCGACGCUGGCUAUCACACUGUCGAAUCAAUUGCGUAUACACCGAAGCGUUUACUGGAACAGAUCAAAGGUAUCUCGGAGCAGAAGGCCACCAAAGUUUUGGUUGAAGCUGCCAAGCUUGUGCCAAUGGGUUUCACUACUGCAACGGAAAUGCAUGCUCGUCGAAGCGAGCUCAUAUCGAUCACGACAGGAUCUAAGCAAUUGGAUACUCUUCUAGGCGGUGGUAUAGAAACUGGAUCUAUCACCGAGAUAUUUGGAGAAUUUAGGACAGGUAAAAGUCAAAUUUGCCACACGCUUGCGGUGACUUGCCAGCUGCCAUUCGACAUGGGUGGUGGGGAAGGGAAGUGUCUUUACAUUGAUACUGAAGGGACAUUUCGACCGGUGCGUCUGUUGGCAGUUGCUCAACGGUACGGACUUGUUGGGGAAGAGGUGCUCGAUAAUGUGGCCUACGCCCGCGCUUAUAACUCAGACCACCAGCUCCAGCUGCUAAACCAGGCGUCGCAAAUGAUGUGCGAAACUCGUUUCUCGCUUCUUGUCGUCGACUCCGCUACAUCGCUGUAUCGGACAGAUUUCAACGGCCGAGGUGAACUAUCAACUCGACAAACACAUCUGGCUAAAUUCAUGCGUACCUUGCAGCGCUUGGCAGAUGAAUUUGGUAUUGCCGUCGUCAUCACAAACCAGGUCGUCGCUCAAGUCGACGGCGGCCCGAGCGCGAUGUUCAAUCCAGACCCCAAGAAGCCAAUUGGUGGAAACAUUAUCGCACACGCCAGCACGACCAGACUGAGCCUGAAAAAGGGGAGAGGAGAGACCCGAGUGUGCAAGAUCUAUGACAGUCCCUGUUUGCCCGAGAGUGACUGUCUUUUUGCCAUCAAUGAAGAUGGUAUUGGGGAUCCUAGCCCCAAGGACUUGGAGAAUAAUUGAGGAGCGAUGCAGCUAUAUGAAAUACUUAUGAUACCACGAUCGGUAUAUGUUUCUUACUUUCUUUGUCCAUUAGUACAUAUUGUUUAGUAUCUUGUUUUUGAUAGCAUAUGGUGUUUGUAGGAUUGUGUUAGAUAUUAUGUGUUGAUUGAGAUAAAAGUUAAUCACUUAAAAAAAGAACCAUAAUUUAUAUACAUGAAGAACAGGGGUCUUUCUUCCAACAA